AUUUCUAAAACUGGACAAAAACAGAUUUAAAAGAGAAAGCUGUUCCCUAGAGUUGUGUGUGUUUGCUGUUCUGUAGACUCCCUUUGUGUUCAUUUUACUUUCAUAAGACACACACAAAAAGAAGUAUCCUAUAACUGAAACCAAUCAGUUCUCUUAGCCAAGCUAUGAUCAAAAUACAAAAUGGAGUAGCAGGCUAAGAAGCAUACAUAAGUAUCAAAGCACAGGAAUCAUAUACUUUCCAUAGCCAAAGAAUGGAAAAAACACUUCAAUUAUUUCUCUUCUCCUCUUGUGAGAGUGAAUGGAAUAAUCAUUUUACCAGGAUGUUACAGUACAAAAACAAGGUGACAGUGCUUGUGGAUGAUGUGCUGGAAUGUUGCUUUGGUUUUUGGCUUCCAGUUGCUUUUCAGUAGGUCUGACAAAGGCAUUUAAAUUCACUAACCCCUAGUAACAGCAGCUCUGAUUUGUGACAUCAUAGCCCCACAUCAUACAUUAAACAAUGCUGAAGAUUCUACAACAUCUAACUCAAGAGAAGCAGGGCAUCUCAGAUGGCCACCAUGGAACAUAUAACAACAGGCUUCUGGCAUACGUGAUGCACAGUCAACUUCAACUUAUGAAUCACUUGUUGCCUCUGGCACCAUGGAUGAUGUUGCAGUCCUUAAAAAGAGAGGCUACAUCAUGGGGGGAAAUUUGGGAGAAGGGUCUUAUGCUAAAGUGAAAUCUGCCUACUCCGAUCGACUGAAAUUUGAUGUAGCAGUAAAGAUCAUAGACCGGAAAAAAGCUCCUCAUGACUUCCUGGAAAGAUUUCUCCCCAGAGAAAUAGAGAUUUUAGCAAAAGUGAAUCACUGCUCCGUGGUCAAAACCUAUGAGAUUUUUGAGACCUCUGAUGGCAAAGUCUACAUUGUGAUGGAGCUGGGUACAAAAGGAGACUUACUGGAGUUCAUCAAGAGCAAAGGGGCUUUGACUGAAGAUGUAGCUCGCAAGAUGUUUCGCCAGCUGUCUUCUGCCAUCAAGUACUGCCACGAUUUGGAUAUUGUCCACAGGGAUUUGAAAUGUGAGAACCUCCUUCUAGACAAAGACUUUAAUAUCAAACUGUCAGACUUUGGCUUUUCCAGACGACUGACUCGAGAUGAAAAUGGCAAAGUUAUUCUCAGUAAAACCUUCUGUGGUUCUGCUGCGUAUGCAGCCCCUGAAGUGUUACAAGGCAUUCCCUAUCAGCCUAAGAUUUAUGACAUAUGGAGUCUGGGUGUCAUUUUGUAUAUAAUGGUCUGUGGAUCAAUGCCAUAUGACGACUCAAACAUUAGAAAAAUGCUAAAGAUUCAGAAAGAACACAGAGUGCACUUUCCCAGGUCUAAAAACUUGACAGUUGAAUGCAAAGAUCUUAUUUACCGCAUGCUGCAGCCAGACGUGGCUCGGAGGUUGCACAUAGAUGAGAUUUUAAAUCAUAUUUGGAUGCAUACUCCAAAAUCCAGAGUUCCUUCAGCAACUUCAUUUGUAAAAGAGGGAGAGUGUUCUCGGAAUCUUGGCAAGUUAAAGUCAGAGCACAAACAGGAAAUAGAACCCCCGGAGGAAUCUCAGCCAGAUAGACCAGAUUACAAAACGGAGUUUAAAGCAGUACCCAGAUUGGAGGCAGUACCGGAAGCAGAGGAUGCCGUUCCCGAAGAAGAGCAAGAGGAAGUUAAUGACCUUACAGAUGAAAUGCAAAGAACAGGGAUCAAAAAUGGUGAUGACUAAAGAAUAGCCACCUGCAAGAGUCGUUUGCAUGGCAUCAGCACAACUAAUGAAUAAGACGAUGAAGUUAGUUUUGAAAAACAAGAGCCCGGAACAGGAGAAAGUAAAGUCCAUUCAUAACAAGCAAUUAUUUUAUAGCAAUUCUAUUAAAUUUUCUUCUUAGUAACCAUGUUGCUGAAUUGAAGGGUUAAAUAAGGAGGUAGAUUUUCCAAGCCAUCUAAUAGAUUUGUAUGCCCAAUUCACAUCAGGCCUAUGGAGUACUUUUUCCAUAGCUGCCUCACGGUUGAAUGCUGAAAUGCUGCGGUGAGUUAAGGUUUCUUUUGCGCAAUGUUUCAUCACAGUCUCAUGCCCCUUUCACAUUUGGGCAUUAACACAGUGGCAGCUAGCCCUCUCCCAGCCUGUUCUGUUACAUGCAUAGGGAAAAAGGGUCACGGUUUCCUUUCAUAGUCCAGUACCGCAGUGUUGCUGGAGUUACUGGGUGGGCCAAUUUCUCACCUCACUAAGAUUUACUAGCGAUUCAAUGCAGCAGCAUCACAACAGCAGGCUUGGCUCUUUUUUUUUUUUCCCCUCUUCAUUUUCUGAUGCAGAGAAAUGGAUUUUGCUAAACCAUGUCACAGUGUAAAUGGAGCGCUGAUAUGCAAUUGAUUACAAGUGCUGAUCUGCUUACCUGUAGGGAAAAGGCAAACUGCACUACUAAGACCCCUAGAUUUGUCAUAUUCUAAUAACAGGGAACUAUUAUUGUUUAAUGCAGCGAAGGGGACGCCCUCCCUUACAAACCGUAGCUGGGCCUGGAAACGUGCCUUCUGUUAGAAGUAACACCUGAGAUUACUGGAACUCAAGAUUUGCCUCACUUCACUUUUACUUUGUAAAUUUGACAGCACUGUGUCUAGCUAAUAUAUGUCUCCUGUUGUUUGUGAGAGACUCUGAGGCAGGUACUGGAUUAAUUCACGGAAGAAAUGGAGCAUUUUGAAAUGUGGUUGUAAAGCCAUAAAGUGGCUGGAGGGACUCAGGGGCAGCUGUAGAGUUUGAAACUACUUUGGAUUCUUUUUUUCAAGCUGCCCAACCUUCAAGUGACCAUGUCCCACUGAACUGUCCCAUUUUAUAAACAACUUUCCAGUGUCACAUUAACAAUUUAGGAAUAACCAGCGGUGACGUUCUUGUCAACCUGAGCAGGGAGGGAGAUCCGGAACAGUGUUAGCUUUUUCCUGGGCAUUGCAUGGGGAAAAUCAGGUUCUGGUUAGCACCACCCCUGUUGGGUCAACUGCCGAGUCCCCUUUCCCCUGAAGGAGGGAUUGCAAGUAGCCCCAGUUAGUUUUACAAAAGUCACGCUUGGACAUGGUGGUCACUGCCCUACUAGAAAAGGGCCAUACCACCCACUCCCACUGGAAUAGCUUUAAAACCACACCAAUAACUCAAGCAGUAGUUUGGUUUUUAAACAGUACUUUUUGUACAUUCUGUAAAUAAUUCCCUACAGUUAUACACCAAUCCCUGCCUGGGGGAUGCGAUUACAAACAUUCAGCAUCUUUGAGAAAAGCACAGCAAUUGGUUACAAUACCUGAGUGAGCUAAAUCUUUACUACAAUUUAG